AUGUCCUCCAUCCAGACUAUACCCGCACGCCGGGGUGCAGCCACCAUCAUCAAGGCCGGCCAAAAGAUCAAGAUAAUAAACACGCAUGGUAACCAAGUAGUCGACACGUGGGCUCUUGCAUUGCCUUCCACCGACCUCCAAACAGCAUCCUCAAAAGUCGAAGCACCUAUAUAUCCAAACGCAACUUCCGAUUCGCCCUCCAAGUACUCGGAUGUUGCCAAUGCCGCUGCAAGUGCACCUGAAUACAUGUCCAUGUGUCACUGUAGGGCGACACUGCUGAAAGUGACGCCCGCAGUAGGCGAUGUCAUGGUCAGCCAAAAGAGAGCGCCGAUGGUAAAGGUGGUCGAAGACACGAGUCCUGGUGUGCACGACACGUUGAUCGCAGCGUGUGACAGAUGGCGGUACAGCGAACUGGGCGUCAACGGAUACCACGAGUCUUGUACGGAUAACUUUUGGGAUGCGUUACAUGCGCUUUCUGCAUCGUCAUCUCUUGAUGCGGAGGAGAAAGAGGCGUUGGAAGCAAUGCAAGGCAAGCUAGGCGGUAGAGUCCCGGAUCCCUUCAACCUGUUUAUGAAUAUCCCCAUUACGCAAGAAGGCGAGGGGGCGAAGCGUGGCGUUAGUUUCGAAGAGCCCAAGACGAAGCCGGGUGAUUACGUCGUCUUGGAGGCACUCCGGGACGUGGUUGUGGUGAUGAGCGCCUGUCCACAAGAUGUCCUCACCAUCAACGGGAAGAACCCUGUAGAUGCUCAUUUCCAGGUUCUAGUCUGA